UUUAGGCUGACAGCAGCUGCUGUAUUGCCUUGAUUGGAAUUUCCCUCUGAUUUGCACACCACUUUUAUUAUUUUGGCUGACACACGUAGUAGCUGUUUGUUUAUAUUUUAAUCCUUUUACUACAGGUGCAGUUAUCACCAGCUGACAAAGCCAGAACACUAGGCGCUGAGAUUACAUGGAUUUCUUGUGCUGUUUCCUAAUCAUUAUAACUGUUAUCACUUUUGGACUAAAGAGAUUUGAAGAAAACCAAUGAGCCAAGUCAAUGGCAGAUAUCCUUCCCUUGGGGUUACUGGAAAUAUGUGUUGUUGUUGGUGCUUCCAAGGAGAGACUGAAAGAAGCUUAUCAGGUUGCCCAGAAUGGAGAUAGAGCUAAGGUCCCAUCAUUAGAACCUGAAGUUUUGUCGGUUUUUGUACCUCCGUUUGUCACAAAAGAAGAUAACACAUCUGUAUAUGUUAAUCAGAAUGCCUUUAACAGAAAUCAAAAGCGUCGCUCAUUUAAGACAAAGAAGAAGGAAAAACCUUCAUCUAUAACAACAGCCAGUACAAACACUGACCAUAAGGAGCCAGUAACAGAAGAUGUAAGUGUACCAAAGGACAUCGAUCUUCUUGGACUGCCCCAGUUAUGCUUUCCAGGUGGCUUGCGCAUAUCUCGUGAACUACAGGAGGACCAUUUUCACUUCCUUGUGCUUACUGAUGUUCUUGGGAAUAGGACGUAUGGCAUUGUGGCACAGUGUUACAGAUCUCUAAAGGAAGGACAUUAUCUACCAAAUGGACAGCUGAGCUGGAAUUCAUCACAGACUGCCAAAGUUUAUGGACCAUAUGCACCUGUUGCUGUUUGUGUAAUAUCAAAAUUUCCAUACUACAAUGCUUUCAAAGAUUUCCUUUCCUGCUUAUCACUGCAGUUGAAGUCCUGUAAAGACUCUGACCUCGAUGAUCAAGUAAAAGAAUUUGCAGCCAGAUUAUCUUUGAUACCCAGCCCUCCCCCAGGACCACUACAUUUGGUAAUUCAUAUGAAACCACUAGAAAUCAUGCUGCCAUCCAGAGAAGACUUGGGAAGUCCUAUUGUUGAUUUGGAUCUGCACCUUCCAUUCCUCUGUUUCAAGCCUGAGCAGGUGUUACAGAUUAUAACAUGCAUUUUAACAGAGCAGCGGAUUGUAUUCUUCUCAUCAGACUGGGCUUUGCUAACAAUAGUUGCUGAGUGUUUCAUGCUGUACCUGCAUCCACUUCAGUGGCAACACACAUUCGUGCCCAUCUUAUCUAGUCAGAUGUUAGAUUUUGUGAUGGCGCCAACAUCUUUCUUAAUGGGAUGCCAUAUUGAUCAUUUCAGAGAAGUUGAUGAGGAGGGUGAAGACUUGGUUCUAAUCAAUAUCGACAGUGGUGAAAUUGGAUUUUCAGAAUCAGGGACUGGUGCUGAAAUUCCAGAUGUUCCAUCAAAUGCAGCUGAUGUGUUCUUAAGAAGGAUAGAAAGUCUGCCAAUGCAUUAUGAUCUAGAAAAGUCACAUCUAAGCUCCAGCACCAGCCUAGCAGAUGCAAGAAUGAGGAGAAGAGUGUGGCAACAGAACCUAAACUGGGAAAUUCAACAGAUUACAUUGCAGUUGAUUGUUAAUAUCUUCAGAGAUGUUCUUGAUCAUCUUAAUUAUGAACACCGUGUGUUCAACAGUGAAGAAUUUCUCAAAACCAGAAGCCCAAAAGAUCAACCAUUUUACAGAAAGGUGCUGGAGGCAUAUAUUUUUCACUCUUUUCUGAAAGCACGACUUAGCAAAAGAAUGGAUGCCUUCUCAAGAAUGGAGAUGAAUACUCAGUCUGAUAUGCAAAGAAUGAAGCAGAUGCUGGAUAGCCCUCGGCGUCCAACAAUGGAAGAGAUGAUAGCAUGGAAGCAGAUUCAUCCUGACUUAAGGUCAAGUAGAAGGAUGGUCAUAAGUUUACCUAACCUUCAAGAUGACCGUAUCCAAGAAUACAGCUUCAAACAAUUAUCUCUGAGAAAAUCUCAACCAGAAACUGUGGUGACGCUACCAAGUAAAUCUGUUUAUACAUUUUCGCUACCAGAAAUUCACUCUGCAUUAAAUUACCGCUCCAUACAAUCGUACUAUGCAGAAUUUGUUACUCUUCUGAGCAAAUCUGUAUCUUCUAUUCCACCAGAGAACUCAGGUUUGCUGGCAAGGUAUUACUAUCUUCGUGGGCUUAUGUAUAUGAUGCAGGGUAAGCGACUAGAGGCAUUGUUUGACUUUCAGCAUCUAUACAAGACAGAUGUUGGCAUUUUCCCUGCUGAUCUUGUAAAAAAGGUGGUGGAUUCCAUGACAUCUGAAGAACGUUUCAAUGCAGAAAGAAUGCCUGAACUUAAACGACUAAUAAGUCAGGUGAAAGAAGAUCAUAUAGAUGGAACAAAGAUAGAUGAUCAUGUCAAAAAAUUUGUGUUGCCACAAAAACACAUGCAUCUUGAGGAUUUUGUAAAACGAAUUCAAGAAUCUGGAAUUGUUAAGGACAUUCAAACCAUCCAUCGAUUGUUUGAGGCUUUGACUGUGGGGCAACAAAAACAAAUUGAUCCUGAAACAUUUAAAGAUUUCUAUACAUAUUGGAAAGAAACAGAGGAACAGGCUCAAGAUGUCGACCUUCCUCCAGAAGUUAUAGAGCAUCUGGAUAAAAAUGAAUCUGUGUACAAGGUAUCUUCUCCGGUAAAAACAAACUGUGGGGUCGGCAGGAUUGCAAUGACACAAAAACGCCUUUUCUUGCUGACAGAAGGAAGACCAGGAUACAGAGAUAUUGCUAAAUUCAGAGACAUAGAGGAUGUGAAAGCAACAUCAGUAAAUAUUUUGUUCCUGAGAAUACCGACCUUGCGAAUCAAAUCCAUUUCCAAGAAGGAUGUGUUUGAAGCCAACUUAAAAUCUGAAUGUGAUCUUUGGUACCAGAUAGUAAAGGAAAUGUGGGCUGGGAGAAAAAUGUCAGAUGAUCACAAGGACCCUCAGUAUAUCCAACAAGCCCUGACAAAUGUUCUGCUCAUGGAUGCUGUGGUUGGUUGUUUGCAGUCACCAAAAGCCAUUUAUGCAGCAACAAAGCUCUCAUAUUUUGAUAGGAUGAAGAAUGAAGUGCAAGAAAUUGUUCCAAAAACAACAGCUGAAACUUUAAAGCACAAGAUUAAUCCAUCCUUUGGACAGACCAUUCCCCAGGCUGUGGAUGUCCUGCUCUGCACUCCAGGUAAUUUGCUUCACAGUAUUAGGUAA